AUGUGGAUUUCUUCUUUUGUCUCCUCCGUGCUGAGAGAUGACGAGCUGUCGGAAAAUGAGGAAGAGCAGCAGCAGCAACAGCAGCAGCAACAGCAGCAGCAGCAGCAGCAAACCGGAGUGAACGCAGAGCAGCUCGACAAGGGAGCCUCGUUGGCAGCCAAACCGACCGCUGCUGCGACAAAAACGCAUGCAGCAACAACAGCAGCAGAUGCAGCAGCAGCAGGUUCUGGGCAAUCCAGCUAUGCUGCGCUGCUGCAGCUGGUAGAGCGCCAGCAGCUGCUGCUGCAGCGGGAGGCACAGGAGAAGCAGCAGCUGCAGCAGCAGACAGCAGACCUAGAACGUACACUGCAACUAUUGCAGCAGGAGCUGAAGCAGCAGCGCCAGCAACAACUGCAGCAGCAGCAGCAGCAGCAACAGCAGCAAGUGCAACAAUCUUCAGGCACAGAAAUUGAUCUGAGUGACGACUGGGGAAUUUCAGGUGAGGAGGAAGGGAAGCAGCAGCAGCAGCAGCAGCAGCAGCAGCAGCAGCAGUUGAUGCUACUGCAGCAGCAGGAAUCGCAACUGAAGCAGCAGCAAGAAAAACUGCAGGAACAAGAGAAAUUGAUACAGCGACAGCAGCAAGAGCUGGCGGAGGCACAGCAACAGCGGCAGCAGCAACAGCAGCAAAGCGCCGAGGAACAUGCUGCGUUGCAGCAGUCUAUUGCACGGCUGCAGCAAGAGCUGCAGCAGCAACAGCAGCAGCAGCAGCAGCAGCAGCCCAUUAAGGAAAAGGAGCAGAUAGUGGAGGCGCUGCAGGAGCAGCUCCGACAGCAGCAGCAGCAGCAGCAAGAACUGCAGCAGGAGCUGCAGCAACAGGCACUCCUGAGGCAGCAGCAAGAAGAAUUGUUGCAGGAGAGAGAGCGGUCGAUUCAGCAGCUGCAGCAGCAACAGCAGCAGCAAACAUCUCAAGAGGAGCUAGUGCGUCUUCAACAGAGCAACGCGGAGCUGCAGCAGCAACUGCAGCAACUGCAGCAGCAACUGCAGCAACAGCAACAGCAGCAGCAUGACCUUGAGAUAGUCCUGGAGGAGCAGAAAACAAAGGUGACGGCGCUGCAGCAAAACCUUGAGCAACAGCAGCAGCAAUACCAGCAGCUGCUGCAGGAACAGCAGCAGCAGCACGAACAGCAGCUGCAGCAGCACAACCAGUACCAGCAGCAGGAACUUGAACGGCAGCAAAAGCAGCUGCAACAGGAGCAUGAAGAGAAGUUGCAGCAGCUGCAGCAGCAACUGCUUCAGCAGCAGGACAAGCAACAGCAAGAUCUGUUGCAGCAACAGCUGCAGCAGCAGCAGGACGCACACGCGAAGGAAGUAGCGACUCUGCAGGAGCAAUUGCAGCUGCAUCUGCAGCAGCAGGAGCAGCAGAAAGCAGCUAUGCAGCAAGUGGAGGAGCUGCAGCAGUUGCUGCAGAAGGCGGAGCAGCAGCGCGAUGCCCUUCAGCAGCAACUGCAGCAGCAGCAGCAGGAAACUGUUCCCGUUCAAAAGGUCGAGGAGCUGCAGCAGCUGCUGCAGCAUGCAGAGCAGCAGCGUGAUGCCUUGCAACGGCAGCUGGAGCAGCAGGAGCAGCAAAAACAGCAAGAGCAGCAAGAGAAGAAACAGCAAGAGCUGCAGCAACAACAGCAGCAGCAGCAAGUAGGCGAGAAGCUGAAGCAGCUUCAGGAUGAGCGCGCUGCGUUGCAGCAAGAGCUGCAGCUCUUUGUUGCUGAGAUGCGACUAGAGCAGAAGCAGCAGCCAGAGGCAGCAGAGCAGCAGCAACAGCAGCAGCAGCAGCAGCAGGAGCAUUCACUGCAGCAGCAGCUGGAGCAGUUGUUGAAAAGCUACAGCCAGGUUGCUGCAGAGAAGGAAGCGCUGCAGCUACAGCAGCAGCAGGCGGAGCAGCAGCAUGCGCAGCAGCUGGAGCAGCAGCAGCGAGAGUUUCAGAAUCAGCAGGAGCAGCAGCAAAAAGUGCUUGAACAGAUGCAGCAGCGUGUGCAGCAGCUGAUGCAACAAGAACAGCACGGGGAGCAGCAGCAAAGAGAGAGGAUCAGCGAAGCGGUCAGCGGGGCAUCGGGUGCGCCUCAGCAGCAGCAGCAGCAGCAGCAGCAAGAACGGCGGCUGCAGCAGCAAGAAGUUCUACUGCAGCAGCAGCAGCAACAGCUCCAUCUUCUCGAAGAGUUGCUGGAGGACAGAGACGACGAAAUAAGGGAGCUGCAGCGGCAGGCUGAGCUGCAGAUGGAGCAGCAGCAGGAGGAAGAGCAGCAGCACCAGCAGGUGCAGCAUGAAAGGCAAGUUGCAGCAGCUGCCUCAGCAGCAGCAGCAGCAGAUGCUGCAGCAGCAGCCACUGCAGCACAGGAGGAAGCAGCUGCAAUGCAGGAGCAGCUAGAGGAAAGAAUCCGUCGUCUGUCUGAGCAGUGUGAGCAGCAGCAGCAGCAACUGCAGCAGCAGCAGCAGCAACUGCAGCAACAACAGCAGCAGAUUCAGCAGCAAAGGCAGCAAAUUCGCGAGCAGCAGCAGCUGCUGCUGCAUGCAAAACAUGAGGAGCCACAGACCAACGGUGUCCAUACACUCCAAGCAGCAGCCACGCGGCUUGCAGCAGAGCAGCGCCCUACAGAGGAGCUUGAGGGCUCGUUGGAACAACAACAACAGCAGCAGCAGCAGCAGCAGCAAGAGUGGGAGCAACAGCUGCAGGAGCAGCAGCGGCUGGAGGAGGGACUGCGACAGCAGCAUGCAGCAGCACCCUUCAACAGAGAACAGGAGGUGCUGCAAGGCGGCGACCCACUUCAGCAGCAGCAGCAGCAGCAAGAGCAGCAACUGCUGCUGCAGCAAAUUGAACAGCUCAAGACUGAAGUGCAGAAUUUGGAGCAACAGCGCGAGCAGAUGCAGCAGCAGCAACAGCAACAACAGCAGCAGCACGCGCUGGAGAGAGAAGAAGCGCAACAGCAACAAGCGUCUACAGCAAUGGAGCACCAGCAGCAGCUGCAGCGGCUGCAGCAGCAGCUAGAGCAGCAGCAGCAGCAGUUGGAGGCGGAGCAGCGGCUGCACACAGAAACGAAGAAUUCAAUGGAGCAUAUGCUGCAGCAAGCACAGCAGGAGCAGCAGCAGCAGCAGCAGCAGACAGAACGCCAGUUGAAAGAGGCUCUUGAGAACCUCGAGAAGGAGCGUAAGCAGCUGCAGCAACAGCAGCAGCAGCACCAGCAGUUGCUGCACCAGAAGGAGCAGCAGCUAGUGCAGCAGCAGCAGCAGCACGCUGAAGAGCUCCGGAAGAAGCAUCGGGAGUUGCAGCAAGUGCAGCAGCAACAGCAGCAGACCGUCCAGAAACUGCAGCAGGAGCUGCAGAAGCAAGCUGCUGCUGCAGCGGAGAAUCUUGCUGCAGCGCAGCAGCGAGAUAGAGCAGCAGCAGUGGCUGCGUCUGCUGCUGCUGGUCGUGUUGAUGCUGCCGCUUCUGCUGCAGCUGCUGCUGCGUCCGCCAGCGCCGCAGCAGUACAGCUCUUCAAUGAGGUGGCUAAGCAGGUGCCUCAGCUGCAGCAGCUGCAGCAGCAGCAGCAGCACACAUCCAGCGAUGGUGUUGCAGGAGAUUCGACCAUCGUUGCUUCCUUAUCUGCGGCGUAUGAAGAGGAAAAGAAGCUGCUGCGGCAGCAGCUGGAGAAGCAGCAGCAAAGGGCAGAGCUGCUGCUGCAGCAACGGCAGCAGCAAGAGUCUUGUGCUGCUCUUCGUGAACGGGAGCUUCUUCUGCGGCUGCAGCAGAUGAGAGGUAUUGCGCUGGCGGCUUCGCAGGAGACAGCAGCAUUGGCUAUGCAGUUGGGCUUGUUGUGGGGCCAGAAGCAGCAGCAGCAGCAGCAGCACCAACAGUUGGAGUUGUAUUCUGUUGAACGGGAUGUCAGUGGCAGGUUAGCAGCUGAGGGGGCUGAGGCGGAGACGAAGGCGCUUCUGGAGAAGUGCAAUGGGAGAAUUGAGGAGACUGCUAGCCACAUGAUGACGUCGCUGCAGGAGCUGCAGCAGCAGAAGGAGCAGCUGCUAGAAGCAAAUCAGCAGCUAGAGCAGUCGCUGAGAGAAACGCAGCAACAGCUAAGUGCUCAGGAAGCAGCAGCAGCUGCGCAGGUAGCAGAGAGAUCGACUGCUGCGGUUGUUGCAGCAGCAGCAGCAGCAGCAGAGCUUCGUCGUCACCAAGACGUAGACGCUGCCGAGCAGCAGCAGAAGGCUGCAGCAGUUGCUGCAGCGAUAAAAGAAGCAGGAACGCGCCUAGAUACAGCAGCAGCAGCAACUGCAGCGGCAGCAAAUGCAGCAUCAGAAGCAUCUAAGGCACUUGCUGCUGCUGGCAGCAGCAGCAACCUCUCCAACCUGGAAGCAGCGAGUGCUCAACAAGCUCAACGCAAACCGCAGCAGCAGCAGCAGCAGCGAGAGCAGCAGCAACAGCAACAACUGAGAAAGCAGCAGCAGCUAACGUUGGAAGCUGAUUCAGCUGCAGGGGGUUGGGGAGACGACGACUGGCUGAGCGACAUAGGGGAAGACCAGCAGCAGCAACAAAAAGAGCAACAUCAGCAAGAAGCGCAGCAGAAGCAAGCCGCGCAGCAGCAGCAAGAAGCGCAGCAGAAGCAAGAAGCGCAGCAGCAGCAAGAAGCGCAGCAGAAGCAAGAAGCGCAGCAGCAGCAAGAAGCGCAGCAGCAGCAUGGAGCUCAGCAAUACCAACAGCAGCAGCAAGAAAAACAGCAGCAAACUCUCUCUCCUGAAAGCCGAUGGGAGGCUGGUGAGGAGUGGGAAGCGGAGCUGGUUGAGGAGCGGCAGCAGCAGCAGCAAGAUCUGCUGCAGCAGCAGCAACACCAGCAGCAGGCGGAGUUACUAGCUGCUGAUCUUUCGCCGGACCGGAACCAGCAACACCAGCAGCAGCAGCAACAGCAGCAACAGCAACGGUAUCAUGAAGAACUGCUGGAGCAACAACAGCAGCAAGUGGAGAGUAGGCAGCAAGUGGACUGGUUCAAUCAGGAUGCUGCCAAGUCGCCACCGCAACAGCAACACCAGCAACAAAUGCAGCAGCAGCAGCAACAGGAGCAACAGCAGCAGGAAGGUAUAAGGCAAGCUGGGUUGAGAGGGUGGGACGACGAUAACUUUGAUACCGAGCGACUAGCUAGCAAAGACUCUUUAACUGCUGCAGCAGCUCCUGCAGCAACAACAACACCAGCAGCUCAAGGUGCUGCUGCUACUGCUGCUACUGCUGCAGUGGUUGCACCUGCUGCAGCAGCAGCAACAGCUGACGAGGAUGAUAUAGACUUCCAAGAUGACUGGGGAGUGUCGACAGCUCAGUUAACCAAAGACAAGGAUUCAGCAGCUCCUGCUGCUGCAGCACCUGCUGCUGCAGCACCUGCUGCUGCAGCACCUGCUGUAGCAGCACCUGCUUCAGCACCACCUGUUGCAGCUGUACCUGCUGCGGCAUCAUCUGCUGCAGCAGCGCCUGCUGCAGCAGUACCUGCUGCAGCAGAAGCAGUUGAAGAGGAAGACCUGGACUUUGAUGAUGACUGGGGGGUGUCGACAACUCAGUUAACGAAGCCUACAGCAGCACCUGCAGCAGCAGCAUCUGCAGCAGAAGCUCCGGCAGCAGCAGCAGCAGCAACGGCAGCACCAGCACCUGCAGCAGCAGCUCCUGCGGCAGAAAAACCUGCAGCAGCAUCACCUACAGCAGCAGCAGAAGCAUCUGACGAGGAUGAUUUGGAUUUCGACGACGAUUGGGGAGUUAAGCCAACGAGCAUAAAGGCACGCACACCAGCAGCAGCACCAGCAAAAGCAACACCAGCAGCAGUAGCAGCAGCAGCUGAAGAGGAGGAUAUUGAUUUGGAAGAUGACUGGGGAGCUCCUCCAGCACAACCAGUCGUGAGUAGGCAAGCAGAAGCUGCUGCUGCAGCAACAAAAACGGCACAAGCAACCGCUGCGGAGACAGCAGCAGCAACAGAAGCAGCAACUGAUCAACAGUGUCUGGGCUUGGGAGGUGCACGGGGAACCCCAGAGGCUCACACUGAGGAACGCCCACGUACUACAGUCCUUGGAGCAGCAGCAGCGGAGCCCACUGUUGCUGCAGUAGGAGCACCUGUUGCAGCAUCAGCAGCAACAGCAGCUGCAGCUGCAGCUUCUGAUUCUGGAGACGACAUCGACUUCGAAGAUGACUGGGGAAGCCCUCAACCUCCUACAGAAGCAAAUAAACGAACAGCAGCACCUACAGCAGCAGCACCAGCAACAGCUGCAGCUGCAGCAGGCCAACCUGCAGCAGCAGCAACAGCAGGUGCAGCACCAACAACAACGGCAGCAGCAGAUGCUUCUGAAGACGAAGAUCUAGACUUCAACGAUGACUGGGGAGCCCCAACAACUCAUGGAGCACCAGCAGUACCAACGGGUUCUGCAGCAGCAGCACCUCCAGCAGCAGCAGCAGCAGCAGCACCUCCAGCAGCAGCAGCAGCAGCAGCACCUGCUGCAGCAGCAGCACCUGCUGCAGCAGCUGGAGCAUAUGAAGAUGAGGACCUGGACUUUCAAGACGACUGGGGAGUCGCAGCAACUGGAGGAGACACAAAGAAAGGAACAGCAGCACUUGCUGCAGCAGCAGCACCUGCCGCAGCAGCACCUGCAGCAGCAGCACCUGCAGCAGCAGGGUCGUCUGUACCAGCUGCACAUGCAGGAGCAACAGCAGCAGCAGAAGCAACUGAGGAAGAUGAUAUCGACUUUGACGAUGAUUGGGGAGCCCCAGCAACUCAGAAUGGCACAAAAGCCCCAUCAUCAUCAUCAGCAGCAGCACCAGCGCCUUCUGCAGCAGUAGCACCAGCGCCUUCUGCAGCAGCAGCAAGUACAGAAGCACGUAGAACAGAAGCCGCAGCAACAGCAGCAAAUUCUGCUGCAGCGGAUGACGAUGCAUCCUUGAACCUUGAUGAUGAAUGGGGUGCCGUAGGAGGAGAUGAAGAUGCAAGAGUGGCAGCAGCACCAGCAGCAGCACCUCCCGCUGCUGCUGCUUCUGGGGAACAGGAGCUCGAGCUUGCUCUGGACGAUUCGUGGGCAGGUGAAGGCAUUGAAGACCCUCCAGAGGUUUUAGGAUCAGCAGCAGCCAUGCAUCAGCAGCAGCAGCAAGUGCAACAUCAACACCAGCAGCAGCGGCAAAUGCAGCCGCAACGCCACCAGCACCAGCAAAUGCACCAUCAAAUGCAGCAGCAGCAACAUCAGCAGCAACACAAGCAGCAACCAUGGGCAAAGAAAAGUCCUUCCCCAGCAGCCCCCGCUGCUGCCCCGAAUGUCGAUGACAUUGAUUUGGAAGAGUUGCUGCGAGACUGA